UCGCCCUCGCCCUCUUUAAACGCAACACUCUUCUUCUCGUCUUUACCAUGGCCUUCUCCUUCUUCUCAGCAACACGAGCAUCACUCUCGCAGCUCGUAUGUGCUGCUGGCCCAUCAACCUCACGCGCACUGCAUGCUUCGGCGGUGGUGAGCCGCGAGUCGGCGCACAAGGCGCAGGCUCGUCGCAAGCGCAAAAAGGUCAUUGAGGGUCGCGAGAAGCGUGCUGUCGCCGAAGAAGAGGGUGCGGUGCACCUUGCGCUGGGAUCGCGGAAAAACGACCCCAACGGCCCGUCGGCACUGUACGAGGGCUCGCGCCUGGCGAAGACGGUCCUCAAGGCCGAGGACGUGUGGUACACACCGCCACCAAACUAUGCGGCGGGCGAAGAGCCGGCGCACUACGUGUACGGCGUGAACGAGGCGGACCGGGAGCUGUUGUUCGGCGCGGUGCCGCUCGCGACGAGCGCGCUCGCGUUCGACCCCGAGCGCCCACACCAGAGCGAGGCGCAGGCGGUCGAGCAGGGCCAGCAGAGCGAGGUGAUGCGGCGCAUCCUCGACCUGCGUAAUGCCGACAAGGCCGGCAUCGAGGUCGUGAACCGCGCCCGCAUCGUCAAGGAGUUUGGCAAGAACGACAAGGACACGGGCAACACGGUCGUGCAGGCUGCGCUUAUUACGCACCAGAUCCGCGAGAUGUGGCGCCAUGUCGAGGAGAACCCGCGCGACAUCCACAACCGCCGCCGCCUGCGCAUGGCCAUCCACAAGCGCGCCCGCGUCUUCAAGUACCUCAAGCGCUCCGAGCCGCUCAAGUACGCGCAGACGCUGCUUGACUGUGGCCUCGAGCCCGGAGCUGUCGAGGGCGAGCUCAUGGUCGGCAUGUAGGCGCGCGCAAGUUGGUAGAAAGAUUGAUGAGUGGAUAUGAGUCAUAUGUUGCAUUUACUUCUCCGUCGGUG